UUGACUUUCACUAGCUUAGCGACAUAUUCCCUCUUUUAACUUGUUUUAAAGCAAGACAACGCUUAACUUGAAAAAUAAGACUCUUUACCACCUUUAUAAACCCCAGCCAACGAUGUUAACUGUAUUAAGCCCCAAAAUAGUGGCAUACCCCUUUAACGCAGGUUCUAGAUGACCCACUCUGUGAAGUCACUGUUCGUGUUAGGAGGAAAACGCGGCUGGGUACUUACUGAACUAGAUUUACACGUCUUGUCACUUACAUACAGUAAAGUACAUAGGUGUCACAGGCACGAUUUUUGCUGAGACACCAUGUGCUCAUGAUGUGUAUGGCAAAGCUCUGACUCUCACACACACACACCCCUCUCUCUCUCUCUCUCCGCGUAAGGCCUCAUGCUUCCACAGCAGUCUUCAGAUGACAACAAGGCCGAAUGUUAUCAUGUGAAGCCUGUGCCUGUGACUGAGUGAGUCAAUCCCAUGUUAACAUCGAGGGGAUUUAAAAGCAGAGCAGGAGUCAGCAGCACGCCUGCUAGCUAAUCCAGCCCCAUCACCUUAACCAUUAGCCUUCUCAGCUAAUCAGCAAACAAGGGGCCAGAGAGAGAGAGAGAGAGAGAGAGAGAGAGAGAGAGAGAGAGAGAGAGAGAGAGAGAGAGAGAGAGAGACCGUAGGUGGAAGAGGGCCUAUUUUUAAACCCGCAGGCUUCUUUCUUUGAACCCCAGACCAGACCUGUGUGUGUGUGUGUCCUUCGGUGUUCGGUCUUUACAGGUGAGGUGUGUGUUCUGUCAGGGGAGUACCUCGACAGCCCCAAAGGGUACGUACGUAAGGCAGCACAGACAGGACAUCUAGUUGAAUACUCUUCUCGUUUUAUUCUCUUGCUUGAUAUCCGUGAGCCAGAUGGUGGCUCGUGAUAAUUCUGUUGGCUAAUCCCCUUUUCCGAAAUCGGUGUAGCCAUGCUCUGGGAUUUUGCAGGAAACCUUCCAGAGAGAAAGGCGUUGGAGGAGGAGGGCAGUGUUUGUUAGUAGUACCUGAUAUCUUCUGCUAUAACUUAUAAUACCAGUUUACUUGGAGAGAAAUGUCUAUGGUUGUUUGUGCUGCAGUGCUGAAGCUCCAGUCAUAACAUUGUAUUAACAAGGUGUAUUGGGCAUCACAAGGUAACAUGUUAAGUUAUUUAGGUUAUUCAUUGUGUGUAUGUGCAGGUGCCAAGAAUUUGCCAGUGUUGUAUUGUAAUGUGAGGCUUGCCUGAUAAUGCUAUCCUCUUUUUUUUUGUUCUCGCACUUGGCGGGCAUGAAUUGGGUCGACGCUAUUCCUGGAAUCCGGCACAUCCUGUGCGCGGCAACCAACGGGCGACCAUGACGACAGAGGUGGGAUCUGAGACGGAGGUGAAGAAGGAGCCGGAGAAGGCGGAGCCACAGUCGACCUCGACCAAUCCCGACCCGGCAGCAGCAGCAGCACAACAGGAGGAAGAGAAGCCGGCUGCCAGCAGCGCGCCAGCCAAUCCCGAGGCAGAACCAGCACCAGAGGCCGCGGCUGCAGCAGCUGAACCUUCGACCGAAGCAGCAGCAGGAGACGCAGCAGAGGCCCCAGCAGACGGCCCAGCCACUGAGGAGCAGGCCACAGCGGAGGCAGACAAGCCCAAGGCCUCCGAGGAGAAGAAAGACAAGAAGGAGAAGGAGAAGGAGAAGGAGGGCAAAGGCGGCAUCUCCCGCUUCCUCCCCCCAUGGCUUAAGAGGUCCAAGUCCCAGAGCCAGGUGGGACCCAAGGACGGAGCAGCAGCAGGAGGAGCGCCGGCCAAGGAAGGAGACGCAGAGGCGGUGAAAGAAGAGGAGGAGCAGGAGAAGAAGGAGGAGGAGGAGGAGGGCAAGGAGAAGUCUGCUGCAGAGGAGGCCAAGGUCGACGGGGAGGUCGAGCAGGCGGCUCAGGUGUCUAGUGCGGAGGGGAAGCCGGCGGAGGAGGACAAAGAGGAGGAGAAACACUCGCUAGGGAGCGCAGACACACAGCCGGCUAAGGAAGAGAAAGGGGAGGAGUCCCCGGCCAAGGAGGCGGAGCAUAAGGGUGAGAACGGCGUUGAGGAGGAGGAGGAGGAGGAGGAGGCAGGAGGAGAAGGCGUAGUGGAGAGGAAGGAGGAGGAGGAAGAGCAGCAGGUGGAGAAGCAAGCGGAGAGUAGCAUCCUGUCACCACUCAGGCUCAGCAAGAAGAUCAAGAUGGUCACCUGCCAAGUCACCAUGCUGGACGGCACGCAGUUCCCCUGCGAAGUGGAGAAGCGUGCCAAGGGCCAGUACCUGUUCUUCAAGGUGUGUGAACAGCUGAAUCUGCUGGAGAAGGACUACUUUGGACUCGCCUACAAGGACAACGCUGACCAGAAGUGCUGGCUGGACCCUCUGAAGGAGAUCAAACGCCAGAUCCGCAACGGACCAUGGAACUUUGCGUUCAAUGUGAAGUUCUACCCUCCAGACCCAUCCCAACUGACCGAGGACAUUACCAGGUACCUGCUGUGCCUGCAGCUGCGCGAGGACAUCGCGUCGGGCCGUCUGCCGUGCUCCUUCGUGACGCACGCGCUGCUGGGCUCGUACACGCUGCAGGCGGAGCUGGGCGACUACGACCCCGAGGAGCACCGCGGAGACUACGGCAGCCACUUCCAGUUCGCACCCAACCAGACGCGCGACAUGGAGGACAAGGUGCUGGAGCUGCACAAGUCACACAGAGGCGUGACUCCAGCCCAGGCAGACACCCAGUUCCUCGAAAACGCCAAGAAGCUCUCCAUGUACGGCGUGGACCUGCACCAUGCUAAGGACUCUGAGGGUGUGGACAUCAUGUUGGGUGUGUGUGCCAACGGGCUGCUGAUCUAUAAGGACCGUCUGAGGAUAAACCGCUUCGCCUGGCCCAAGAUCCUCAAGAUCUCCUACAAGCGGAGCAACUUCUACAUCAAGAUACGGCCCGGAGAGACGGAACAAUUUGAGAGCACCGUUGGCUUCAAGCUGCCCAAUCAUCGCGCUGCCAAGAAACUGUGGAAGGUCUGUGUGGAGCAUCACACUUUCUUCAGGCUGAUGACCCCUGAGCAGCCCACCAAGGCCAAGUUCCUGACGCUGGGCUCCAAGUUCCGCUACAGUGGCCGCACGCAGGCCCAGACGCGGCAGGCCAGCUCCCUCAUCGACCGCCCCGCGCCCUAUUUCCAGAGGACCUCCAGCAAACGCAUCUCACGCAGCCUGGACGGAGCUCCAGUGAUUAAUGUGAUUGGUGAUGGCGAGAAGGAGAAUGGCCGCGACCCCGCCCUCGACCUCUCCUCCGACUCCAAGGAUGAAGAUGAGGAGGAGGAGGAACCGCCUCGUGGUGAUGAUGAUGUCGCUGCUGCCGCCGCCACCGCUGUAGUGGCCGAUGCCCCAAAGCCACCAGAGGAGGCUACAGAUGACUCGGAUGGCACCUUGAGAAAGAGCAAGUUGAGAGUGAAGGGGGAGAAUAUAUAUGUCAGACAUAGCAAUCUAAUGUUGGAGGACCUGGAUAAGACCCAGGAGGGUGUGUUGAAGCACCAGGCUAGCAUUAGCGAGCUAAAGCGCAGCUUUAUGGAGUCCUCCCCCGAGCCGCGGCCCAGUCAGUGGGAAAAGCGGCUCACCAGCAGCCCCGCCACCAGCCUGCGCCUGCAGGCCCAAGGGACUCCUCCGCCGCGAAUGGAGACCUUCCGGCCUGCUGCGGAGGAUCGAGACGUCAGCAAGAGCGUUGACGUCGACAAGCACAGCAAGCCCGAGCCGGCGGCCACCCCUGUCUCCACAGUCACCGCGGCGUCCCCAGCCGCCCAGCCGGUGGUGGAGAUCGAGGAGACGGUUAUAGUGGAGGAGGUCAGGAAGACCCCCAAGCCAAACGCAGAAGAAGAAGAAGAAGCAGCAGCAGCAGCGGAGGCCAAAGUCAAUGGAGGCGGCCCGCAAGAGCUCCCCCCGGUGGUGGUGCUGGUGGAGGGCAAGAAGGCAGGCGUCACGGUGUGCGUGUCCUCGGACAGCGAGAGCGAAGAGGAGGCCGAGUACCACCCGCAGGUGACCAGCGUCUCAGUGGAGAGGAUCAAGGAGGAGCCGGAGGAGGAGGAGGAGGAGGAGCCGAAAGAGGCCGCGUCCGCGCCGCAGCCUGAGCCAAUGGCAGAGCCCCAACCCGAACCCGAGCCUAGUCCCGCUUCCGUCACUGCCGCUCAGCCAAUAGAGGAGGUGGAGGAAGCCAAAGAAGCCGCCGAGGUGGAGGAAGCCGGCCCCGCGCAGGAAGCCGGCCCCGUGGAGGAGGCUGUGUCAGCCACCGCGCCUGAGGAGGCUACCAACGGCAACGGUUACCCGGCAACGGAAGCGCAAGGCACGGUCUCUGUGGAGGAGGAGGAGGACGAGGAAGAGGAGCCGCGCAUGAACGGAGACGCGUCCCACCUGGACACAGACCACCUCCCCCAGGUUAUUUGUUGCUCUGAGCCCCCCGUGGUGAAGACGGAGAUGGUGACCAUCUCGGACACGUUUGCGGCCCAGAAGACCGAGAUCGCCACCAAGGAGGUGCCCAUCGUGCACACCGAGACCAAGACCAUCACCUACGAAGCAGCGCAGUUGGAUGGUAGUGGGGAUGGAGAGCCUGGCGUUCUGAUGACCGCCCAGACCAUCACCUCCGAGUCACUCUGCACAACGACCACCACACACAUCACCAAGACGCUAAAAGGAGGGCUCUCGGAGACUCGCAUUGAGAAGCGCAUCGUCAUCACCGGCGAUUCGGACAUCGACCACGACCAGGCCCUGGCACAGGCCAUAAAGGAAGCCAAAGAGCAGCACCCAGACAUGUCAGUGACGCGGGUGGUGGUCCACAAAGAGACAGAGCUAGCGGAGGACGAGGACUGAGAGUUACAGAGUUGAAGAACUCCCAUCACCCUGCAACCUUCUACCCACCCCUCCCUCCCUCCCUCUCUCAUCCCUCCAUCCUGCCCCUGCCCCCAGCAGGUGCCACGGGUGAGGAGGAGGAGGAGGAUGGAGGGAUGAGUAAUCUCCCAUGUUACGGCGAGCGAGAGAUGGAGAGAGCGAGAUGGAGAGGGAUGAGAGAGAGGACCGCGAAGCCUGAGACCACCUAUUCGUGCAUCGCUCACCUUCAUCUGUCUUUUUUUUUAAUCAUUCUGAAAACGAGAACCACUUAGCUAACAUUUGUAGUGUGUUUAUAUUUUUUAGUGCUACCCCCCCCUCCCCCCUCCCUCUUCCCCCAUACCCUUACUCCCCACUCCACACCCCUCUUCCUCCUCCUUCCUCCUUUUUGUUGUUUUCAAAAGAGUGUACCAUUAUGAACGUCAGAUAGAAUUUACGUGGUCAAUUUUUUUAUCGUUGUAGUUUUCACCACAUUCCUAGUGUGUACAGCGUGGGGGAGGGGUGAUAUUUGAAGGAUGCAAACAAAUCAAAAAAAGGACAAAAAAAAGACACUAUUAACAAACAAAAAACCUGAAAGCGCAUUCUCACUAUCCAUCACUAUCCAUUCACAGUGUAAUCUCGGAAAUUUGAAUAUGGGUAUACUGAGCUGUGAAGCUAGCUCUGGACUUGGUACAAUAUGUUUGUUUUUUUUGUUUUUUUUUCCUUUGUUGUUUUGAGCCAAGAUUUUUGAAUUUUGUACUUUUUGUGGGGGUGGGGAUGGGGGAUGGGAUAUGGGCAGGAUUUUGGUUAAGAGGGAGAGAAACUUCCAGAACAUUUCAUUGAUCGAUCGAUUUUAUUGUUGUUUCCAAGGGACCAUGUGUAAAGGGCAGGAGGGCACUGUGUCAUUUUCUAGUACAUUUGCACUGCAGUGCCAACCACACACACAACUCUUACUAUGCAGACCACCAGGGGGCGGUAUUCCAAAACACCUGGCUCAGUAGUAAACCAGGGGUGUGCAUUUCUCGAAAGCGUAAUUGUUAGCAGUUAGCAACUUGGGUAGUUGCCAAUGGGAAAUUGCAUUGCAACCAACAAAGUAGCUAACAUAGUUAGCAAGUACGCUUUCCAGAAAUCCACCCCAGGUAAUACAAUUCUCAACACAGUUAAACCUUAAAGGUAUUGGUAAAUCAUCGAAUAUAAGAGCCAAGAGUCCUCAUUUCCUUAACUAAAUGACACCUGUGGAUCAUCUAUUAGCAUGUUUGCUACUUCCUGUAGGUUCGUUUAAGACGGGGUAUCAAUUAACCAUGGUCUUGGACUACAUGCAGUUGCAUGGUUAAGUGAUAAACCAGGCUAAGUUAACCUACAGGAAGUAGCAAACAUGCUAAUAGAUAGUCCACAGCUAUCAUUUAGAGGUGUCAAUCCCGUGUUCAGAAAGUAAAAGCCCUGCAUUGCAACACAUUUGAUCCAAACAGCUCUGAAUCAGAUGAUCCUAAUGAGUCGCCUAGACAGGGUUGACCAGUCACCUUUGUUGAAAGGAAACUUUGACCAGGUUUUUACCUCUGAAGAGGGAUUUUGGCACCUCUGGUCAUUUUGUUUUAAAAAAUAAUAAUAAAUGAAAAAGAGGACUUCUGGACUCCUCCAUGAGAUGAGUCUAUCAGUACCUUGAGGUUAACUGUAUCUGGUUUACUACUGAUCCAGGUUCUUGGAAUCCUCCACCGGAUUAAACGAACGAGUUUUAAAACAUUCCACAACAGGGAGGGGCUUACACAACUACCUCCCUCAACAACACACAGACGAAAGUUACAAGACAUUAAUUGUUUAAAAAAAAUAAAAUGAAAAUCAUAAAUAUUAUAUUUAAAGAAUCAUAAAACAAAACUAGGCAGCUUGGAAACUUUUGCUUUUCUUGUAACUCUGGCUUCCUUAAUCCGAUAUAUAUUUGUAGAAAUCUUUUUUUUUUCUUUUUUUUUAAAUCUAAAAAAUAAAAUAAAAAAACGGUCUUUAUCUGUACAACCAAUUUAGAUAUCAUUGAGGUGGGUUUGUUUGCCCUUUUAAAAAUAUUUUUAAUAUAUUUCCAUGGGGAUCUUUUUUGGACUAAAUGAAUCGGCAGCACACAAACACACAAAAAAAAAUCACAAGUUUCAAUGUUUUACAUGUAGAUAUACCCGAGCUAGCUUCCCCCCCCCCCUGCCGCUUUCGCGCACCCUGCUACAUGUUAUUUCUGCAGAAUGAAAUAAAAUAAAACAAACCAACCUUCAGUUGAGACAAUUUGCUCAUUGGACCCUGUGUAUAAUAGCAGAUGACGGUUGGCUUUUAGCUGCUUGAAAGAAAUCGUUUGUGUUUUUGUGUUUUUAUCCUUCUAUUCCUCCACCAGCCCAUGCCCUCAAAUUCAGUGUAACACUGUUCAAAAUAAAAGUUUGUUUAUUCUCUAAAUGCA